AUGGGGAUUAUGAGCCACCUAUUAACCAUUCAUCUCCUCUGGGUUGCUAUGGUCUUUUGUCAAUACGAAGACUAUGAUUUUGAGGAUGAGUAUGAUGAGGAGUCAGAUCAUCAACUUCCAUAUUAUUUUAAUCCAAACGCACAAGCUGAAGUUCCUCGCAUUCCUUUUCCAGUUCAGUGUGCCAGAGAAUGCUUUUGUCCACCAGCUUUUCCAUUAUCCAUGUACUGUGAUCAUCGUAAACUCAAGACAAUACCCAAUAUCCCAAGUCACGUCCAACAGCUUUAUCUACAAAGCAAUGAUAUUGAAGCUGUGCCUGCUGGACCAUUCACUAAUGUUACAUUUUUGAGAGAAAUUAAUCUCAGCCACAACAAAAUUAAAUCUCAUAUGAUUGACAACGGUGUUUUCGCCACACUUUCAAACUUAGUGCAACUUCAUUUACAACAUAAUGAAUUAGAAGAAUUUCCAUACCCGCUUCCCAGCUCUCUAGAGAGACUUCUCCUUGGCUUCAAUAAGAUUUCUCAGUUACCUGGAAAUGCACUGGAAGGAUUACCUAACAUAACCAUGCUUGACCUUUGCAAUAACUUCCUUGAUGACUCAGUACUCAAAGAAAAACCACUUUCAAACCUGAAAAAUUUAAUGCAGCUCAACUUAUGCAACAACAAAUUACAGACUAUGCCUCCUGAUCUACCUUCAUCACUUAGGCAGCUCUCUCUUGAAAAUAACUCAAUUUCUUACAUUCCAGAAAACUACUUCAACAGACUUCCAAAAAUCAUUGCUCUAAGAAUGUCCCACAAUAAGCUGCAGAACAUUCCACGCAACACCUUUAAUCUACCCAACCUACUAGAACUUAAUCUUGGACAUAAUAAAUUGAAACAGAUAUUCUAUAUUCCAAGAACUUUGCAGCAUUUGUAUAUUGAAGACAAUGAUAUUGAAAGCAUAAAUGUUACUUUGAUGUGUCCAUCUAUAGAUCCAAUGAACAUCAACCAAUUAACCUACAUACGGGUGGAUCGAAAUAAGCUUACAACUCCAAUAAGCACAUAUGCAUUCUUUUGCUUCCCUCACAUUCGAACCAUUUAUUAUGGUGAACAAAAUGUUAAUGCCAACAAGUCAACUCAGCUAAGAACACCAGUGUUUCGACGAUUUUUAACACCAGAAGAAUACCAUGAAGCAGAAGAUGAUCAUGAAACACAUGAUCAUGAAACUGAAGAUGAUAAUGAAGCAGAAGACAACUACUUUUAUCCUUACUUUCAGUGAAAUAACCAUUAUUGAUGAGAGUAUACAGAAACUUUUUCUUAGUUCGGGGGCAUUCAUAUCCAUUUUAGACUAGCUGGAUAGUUCAGGGUAUCUACAUCCCUAUCUACACCUAUAAAGUGGAGAUAAGAUUUUAGCGUAGCUAAAUGUCUUAUUAUUGGUGUGGUAAAAACCCACCAUACUAGGAGCAAAGGGCACUCCCCUUACCAUUAGAUAGUCCAGUACAUAACCUGGGUUGAUGAUGAUGGAGUCAUCCUUGCUUGGGCAGCCUAAGUUGAAAAAAAUUACCUCAAAAAGCUUCAGUGUUCUAAAGUAAUCAAACUUGCAAAAUGACUAAAAUACAAAUCAAUGUCAUGGUCAAUAGGAACAAAAGGAUAAGGCAAAAAAUCCAUUCAUAUAUACAUCCUGCUACUGAAAGCAGGGGAAAAUAGAUACACUAGAGAAAAGAACAAGAGGGUAAGAUCAGAAAAAUAUAUCCACAAGGUUCCUCCAGCUGUUCCAGAAAUAUAGAUACUUCAUCUUUUGGUUUCUGAUCUGACAAGAAAACCAACAACACUGAGUUUCAGAUCCUACUCAUAUUAUAUUUGCAGUGUCCUGUCAAGGUGUAUUAAAAUACUUCUCAGCUUGUCCCUCAACUAUCACAAAUCUUUCAAGUGAUUUUAGCUUAUGAUUUUAAAGGAGAUUUUAGCUUAUGAGUAAUAUAGGCAAUAAACAACCUUUUGUCAAAGGUCUUAGGACCUAGGAAAAAAGAUGUGCAUUAAUACAACUGACCCAUUAGUAUCUACACUUUACCUACACUUUAGCCUAUAUUAAGAUAGAAGGCACAUUAAAAUUUAAUGUAAUCUUUUUAUUAGACCUCAUCAUCAAGUAGAACAGGUACAAACAGCAGCAUUCCAGGUUUUUUAAAGUAUUAAUAGCUAAUAUCAAUUAACUAUACUCUGCUUCAAAGUAGAAUAAAAGUUGCUUAAAGCAAGCUAAAAAGUGCUAUAUACUAUUUGAGUUAUGCAAAUU